AUGAUCGAUAGAAAUUAAACAGGCAGCGAGACUUUGUGAAUGCUGCUUGUAAAUUACUUAAAAAUUUAUAUUUCUGCGACGUCUGCGACAUGGAAGCAGGCAAAGAUUCAAAGAAUUUAGAUUCUGAAGAAGGAGCUGCUCCUGACAAUGCUGAGAGCAAAGAAAGCGAGAAACCUGCGUCUAAAUCAGGGAGUGAGGAAGCUAAGGACGACGUUGGUGACGAUGAGGCUGAAGCUGGCAGUUCUCACAAAAACCUGGUCGACUCUCUGGGUCACUAUUUAAAAGACAAACUUCACAUCGGGGACAAGGCCGAAAAGAAAAAGAAAGUACUGCCAGAAAAAUCUCUGGAAGCUGUUGUGAAGUAUAUUGAGGAGAAAAAGAUCACAAAAAUAAUCACCAUGGCUGGUGCUGGAAUUUCUACCUCUGCCGGCAUUCCUGACUUCCGGAGCCCGAAAACAGGCCUGUACAACAACUUGGCAAAGUAUGAUUUGCCCCACCCACAAGCCAUCUUCGAGCUGGACUUCUUUCAUAAAAAUCCAAAGCCGUUCUUUGUGCUGGCCAAAGAGCUGUUUCCCGGUUCCUUCAAGCCAACCGUCAGCCAUUACUUCAUUAGGAUGCUCUACGACAAAGAUCUCUUGCUCAGGCACUACACCCAAAACAUUGACACAUUGGAAAGAGUGUCCGGCGUUCCCGGAGACAAAAUUGUCGAGGCGCAUGGAACCUUUUUUACGUCUCACUGCUUAGAGUGCGAGCUUGGAUACGAAUUAGACUGGAUGAAAGAAAAAAUCUUUGCUGACGAAAUUCCCAAGUGCAUCUCUUGCGGUGGGGUCGUGAAGCCUGACAUCGUAUUCUUUGGUGAAAAUUUGCCUUCAAGGUUUUUCCGCUGCGUUGAAAAGGAUUUUGACGAGUGCGAGCUUCUAAUUGUCAUGGGCACGUCUCUGGUUGUGCAACCAUUUGCUUCACUCGUCGACAGAGUUGGAAGUAAAGUUCCUCGCUUGCUUAUUAACAGAGAAAAGGCCGGAACAGCAAAUCCUGUGAUGCGAGCGCUGGGUCUCGCGGGAGGCAUGGAUUUUUCGUCUGACACAAACCGUGACGUCGCGUGGUUAGGAGACUGUGAUGAUGGUUGUGAGGCUCUAGCAGCUGCUUUCGGAUGGGCCGAUGAACUGAAGGAGUUGGUCGCAAAGGAACACGAGUUGAUCGAGAAAGAGGAACAAGAGAGCAAGACCAAGGUGAAAGGAAAGAUUUGAAAUCACUGACUAUUGUAAAAUGAACCAUUUCAAAUUGUUGUUGUUUUUUUAUUUACAGAGAAAUUUAAAAUGAUGUAAAUUUAAUUUAUUUUAAUUUUUGUUACGCAGCCUUUUAAGAUAAUUUUCCUUUAUAUAAAAAAGAAAUUUAAGGGUAGUAUAAUAUGAUGCGAUAUUAUUUAAUGCUGUUUAUUACAAAUUCAAAAAUAAAUUACUCACUGCAGACUGCAAAACGACUGAUUUAA